CCUUCAAAGUUAGUAGCCUUCAGGAGUGUGUGAGAGAGAGAGAGAGAGAGGACGCUGGAAGGAGUGCGUUUCCCUGAGAUUACUCAUUGAGGUAAAGUAACGUCUGAAAAAAGCAGCUCAGCACCGAAGGCAGUCUGUUUAUCCCACAGUAAACAGACACUCGGAUAUAACCUGACAGUACAAUGACUGCGUUGUACUGGACCUUUCUGCUCUUUACAGUCAGCAUGGCUUCCCUGCAGCCACAGAGGUCUUCGCGGACCAAAAGGGGUCUCCUGGAACUGGCCGGGGUUAUCAGGUGCAGCACGGGAAGACCAGCGCUAGCUUAUACGAUGUAUGGAUGUUACUGUGGCCUUGGAGGUCAAGGGUGGCCCAGGGACAGUGCAGACUGGUGUUGUCACAAGCACGACUGCUGUUAUGCAGACGCAGAGUUUGCAGGCUGUCAAACUAAUACAGAAAUUUAUCAGUGGAAGUGUGACGAUGAGGAGGUUGACUGUGACUCGCUUAAUGACAGAUGUGCGACAAUCCUGUGCCGAUGUGACAGAGAGGCAGCCAGAUGUCUGAGAAAAGCACCAUUCAACAAAGAAUACAUUCUGUGGCCUGACUUCCUCUGUGGUUAUGAACAUCCUACCUGCAACAUUUACUAAUUUAAUUUAAUACAUUUAUUAAACAAAUCGUCGAGAACAUUGCAUAGAUUGUAUCUGAAAUAUGUGACCCUGCCAGGUUAAAGAGUUUGAGCAUCAAAGUAGUCAUGGCCAUAAUAAUGACUAAAUGUGUGUUCAUCACUGUAAAUGAAUAGAUUUUAAGAUACUGUCUCAGAAUUUCAUUUUUGAUUCUAAACCUAGUUAUUUUAAAUAGUGAAAUGAAUGGUUUUAUUGACACUUUGCCUUAUUAUUUUGGAAAAAUACCAGAGAAUGGCUUCCAAAAUUUUCAUCCUUGACAUGGUAUUAUUCAGUCACUAUUUCGAGGUUAUGUUUUAACAGAAUAUUAUAUAACAGUAGGAUGAUUUUAUGUUAAAAACAGUAAAUCACAAAAAAUGACUAGGUACACUGUAAAACUUUGCUGUAAUUUCACAGCAGGUUUGCCAGUAACUUACUGUAGAUUUAAUGUAAAAUCUUGUUUUAAGCAUAAACUUACCUAUAUAUUUUUCUUUCAUAAAACAAGACUAAAUAUAAGUUUUAUGUUAUAAAUAUGAAAUAUUUUUACAGAAAACAUGAGAAAAAUGCUUAGGAAGAGUGUAAUUUUUUAGUAGUGUUGCUGUGCUAAUGCCAGUCUCUUGCACAUUUUGAAUCUCAAAAGUCAAAGUGUUUUAAAGUAACUGAAAACAGUACUAAUUGGAAAGUAUAUUAAGUUGUCAUUAAAUCUACAGUAAGUUACUGGCAAACUGGCAAAGUUUUACAGGUUUUCACAGGCAGGGUUCUAUAUUUACUAGGAAAAUGCAUUAAAAUGAACAAAUUAAUUACAAUGUGCCUAUUGUCUUUUUAUUAUUAUUUUUAGAUUAUGAUGCCAUUAGUCAAACAUAAGCUCCCAAGUGUUUCUGUGGGAGAGACCUGAGCCAAAUUGUCACUACGUUAUGUUACGUUAGUGAAUAUUGUGUUUUUUUUCUGUAUUAGUACAACCUUGAAAAACUGAGUACAACAGAAGAUUUCCACCAUUAUAAAGAAACAAUUUAUUACAAACAAGUUACAGUUUUGAUCACUUGUAACUAAAUGGGCUAUGUUGUCACAACAGGAACUUUCCAUUUAAUGACAUGGAAAAAUAUUGAUAUAAAGUAAGAAAAAAGAAAAAGAAGCUCAAAGCAAAUAAAACAUGACACAUAAAAAACAGCAAUAAUGAAAAAUGAAAUGAAAAAUUGUCAAACCAUUGUUCUGGCCAACAGAAAUUGUAUUAAAAGUUUUAAAACAUAAAUCACACACACAAAGGACCUAUCCAGACAUGAUAUUUAUGAAAAACACACUCCUCCUAAAAUUGGAAUUGAAUCUGUUGCUCAUUAUUCUUCGUUAUAGAGUUGACACUUGUGUGUCAGUGUGGGUGCAUUGUUUUCAUUUUUUUACUGAAAGAAUUGUUUGACUUGUAUACUGUUACAAAAUAUGAUCCUCAAUGAUAGAAAUCUAAAUAAUGUAAUAAUGUUACAUCACUUAUAAAUAAAAAUAAAACAUGCAA